CGGGCCCGCGCGGGUCCGUGGGCCGGCCGGCACGGCUGUCUGUCCAGGGUAUGCUUUUCAGGGCACCCUGGCUUGUGAAGCAUUACCUGGUUAAACUGGAACUGAAGCAGGACAACGCCAGCCCCUCCUGGUCCAGAAAAGGGCUCUGCCGUGGAACCGGCCCUCGGGAAGCAUGGGAAAGGGCUACAAGGUGGUGGUUUGUGGAAUGGCCUCAGUGGGAAAGACUGCGAUUUUGGAGCAGCUUCUCUAUGGAAAGCACACUGUCGGCUUAGAAGAGGGUGCCACGAUUGAAGAUGUGUAUUUGGCAUCGGUGGAGACAGACCGAGGCGUGAAGGAACAGUUGCGGCUUUAUGACACCAGGGGUCUGCAGGAGGGCGUGGAAUUGCCCAAACACUAUUUCUCCGUGGCUGACGGCUUCGUGCUGGUGUACGCCGUGACCAGCCUCGAGGCGUUCCAGAGAGUCGAGCUGCUCAAAAAGGAGAUCGAUGUCUUCAGGGACAAGAAGGAGGUUGCAGUUAUUGUCUUGGGGAACAAAACUGACCUCGUGGACCAGAGGCAAGUGGAAACAGAAGCAGCACAGCAAUGGGCAAGGGCCGAGAAAGUGAGACUGUGGGAAGUGACUGUGACAGAUCGGAAAACACUGCUUGAACCCUUCACCUUCUUAGCUAGCAAGCUGUCCCAGUCCCAGAACAAGUCAACAUUUCCCUUGCCUGGAAGGAAGAGCAAAGGGAAUAACUGUGAAAACUAGACUAGCUUAGCAUUGUCUCCUGCUGCCAGGUCACAUCUAAGUCCUUUUUGUGCCAUUUGCUCCUUGCAGUUUCACUUAAAGCAAUAAUAUCAUUCAGCAAUAAAAUCAGCAAGCUUAUAGCUAAGAGGUAUCCUUUCUUCUCAUAGACUUGGCUUGGAAAAGCUGCUGGUGGUAAAAGCCUCAAAAAAGCACUUUAGGAGAGCAGUUAUUUUGCAGCCAGGGUUAUGGAGGAGGAAGGGAUAGAUGGAUACCUCUCUAGCAGGGGCUUUUACUAUGCCUGGAUACAGCCAUGUUGAGGGACAAAUCAACAAGCUUACCAGUAUGUAAUCCCUCUGCAGAUCUAUAGCCUGUAGUCACAAAAAGUAUUAACUGCAAUAAAGCAUUCCAUUUGGAAAGGUGAUAUAUUUGAAAUGGCAACAGUUCUUUUUCCUUGACCUUCAACAGGGCCACAGGGCUUUUUGAUGCUGCAAGAGGCUGAGAUCAGUGUCUUGCUGUAGGAGAAGGAUAUGGAGCAGGAGGAACAAUUACCAGAUUUAGCCACUGAUGUUUUGCUAGUGUCUGGAAGAAAAAAACCCCAGCAAAAUAAUAAAAAAACCACCCCCACAUCUUAUGGGAAUUACCCCAACAUGAACCUUGUCAAUGAAGUGUAGUAAGCAGUGCUUUCAGGUCAGGAAUUCAUUUGUAGAAACCAGAACAGCUCUCAAAGCUCAUUGACUGAACAACAACCUAAGGACAACACAGCUGGUGGUUUGUUCCAGUAUGUCCACUACAAAUCCCAGAGGUGUCCCACGUUCCCACAGGUGGUUGUUUUGCUGAGGAUUGUAUGGAUUGAUUUGUGUGCAGGAGGUAUUGCUGGGCUCUGCUUAGGGCACGCUCACCUGGCUGCUCAGGCAAGCUACAGCAAUCCACCCUGCCUAGGCCAGGUAGCAGCUGGCACAAAGCUCUGUAUGGCUCUGCAGGUGGGGCCAAGGAGGGCAGGAGGCUGCCUGCCCUUCUGGGGACAUCCCUGGGCAAACACCCAGCAAUACCCACACAAAUGGCCCCGGUCUCCGUGCACUGCACAUGGUCUGGCUGCAGGAGCACAACUGCAUGGGCUGUGUUUGACUCAAGGCUGGGAAACCUGUGUGCUGCAGGAAUCUGCUGUCCCAGGCCAGCCUGGCACUCAACUGAACAAAAGGGGAUAUAUAGAGUGACAGAAUGAGCAAUUUUUCCUAGAGACAGGGGCCAGUUUUUGGCAUCUAAGAACCUCCUGUACUAAUUGAUGCUAACUUUUCUUUAUAUUUGAAAGCAAGAGCAGGGAGAGAGAGAGUUAAGUACCCAGUUUCUGCAUUUUCCAUUAAAUUAAUCCUCUUUUGAACAAAUACUGAGAAUUUCACUGUGAAUCAGCAAAACCACAAGCAUUAUUUGCACUGUCAUAUCAUAACUGCUAAAUAAUGUGCUUAAUGAUCACAAUUAAGCUCAUAGUAUUGCUCUUCCUGAAUACUGAUUAAUAAAGCCUGUCAGCAUUA